GGACCGGGACAGGUGACACAGCUGAAGUCUUUAGAAGUUUCCAUUCUGCCAUAAAAUCUACUAAGGGAACCAGUCUCUCGAGACUGGCCUCUGGUGUUUUUGAGCACUUGAUUCGACGUUCUGGAAACAGACGAAUCAAGUCAUGACCAGCUCUCCUCGGAGGGUCGGUGGAGACCGCUGCACCCUGACGCACACUGGGUGGCAGGGUUAGCAUAACGGCCCCCUGAGGGCGCCAAAGGGGGACGGGUGUCAGAUAUUUUAACACAGGACCCCCUCCGGAGGGGGCUGCCCUCAUGGAUCCUGGCCCACAGAUGUCAGGACCUCUUUGAAGCCUUCUUGGUGAUAAUUACAGUCCGCAGAUCUGUCUUACUUCACAAAGACUUCAGCUGUGUCACCUGUCCCGGUCCCCAAGCUUUCUGCGGGGGAGCAAGGGUGGUGACACCCUUUUCCUUUAAAUUCCUCAGAAUUUAAUGUAUUCAAUAUUUCACUGGAGGUCUCACUCACCUGAGUAUUAGCAUUCAAUUUGGACUACAAUUCACAAAAACCUACAUUCCUGGACUGAUUACUGCACACCUGUCCCACAUCAUUCAGGCUAUUUAAACCCUGUGUGUCUAUUGACUCACUGCAAAGUCUUGUUAGCUCUGGCUUCAAUUUAUGAGUGUUCUUCCUGUGUUUGACUCUGCUUUGGAUUACCUUGUAUGAGUCUUUACUGCCUGCCUACCACUCAUGUUUGCCUGGACUACCUCUAUUCCUUUCAUUUAGUAUUGAAUUAUGAAAUGUAAAUAUUUUAAUACUGCAAUUACCUAUAAAUUGGAAACAGUGUGCAUUUGAUUUUUAUCAUGCUUUAAAAGCACUUUGAACCUCAUAUUUUUUGCAAUUAUUACUGAACAUGCCCAAAGGAGAAUCAUUGUGGCUGGGGUGAAUAAUAAAAAUAAUAAUAAUACUAAUAAUAAUAAUACUAAUAAUAAUAAUAAUAAUAAUAAUAACUUUGCACCAUAAUAAUAAUUCAAUGUUGUGUGCUUUGUCAAAACAUGGAGAAUUAUGGGGAUAUGUACAUUAAGUGUCCUUUCAAAUUAAAGGGGAUAAAUCUGUUCAGUGUUUCUGAUGAUGUUUUAUUUAUUUUUAAGUCACCAUUAGCAUUAUUAGUGUUCCUUUUGGUUAGGAUUCUUUCAUUCAAACAUUAACUAUUCACUGCUAAGAAAUUAAGCAUUUCGUAGACUCCAGAGAUAUGUAUUGGUAGGAAUUUAUUUCUUGCAUUUAGAAUAGUAGUUUAUUCCACCCUUUAUUUAGCUUACAAAAAAAAAAAAAAAAAAGUAGUUAAAAGUGAGGUAUGUGCGUUUAUUUGAAGUGAUAAUUGGCUGCCGUGGCUGGAGAGUAUGCAUCUACGUCAUCAGUUUCUGAGCUUUUCUCCACAUCAUUCAUGAGAAAGAACUCUUUUAACCCAAUCACUGUGCUUUAUUAUGCAUGAGAUCGCAUUUAAAUGUCACAAAAGACAAUUUCAGCACUGUCGUUCACCUCUGCCUUGUUCAGCUUUGCGUUCUGACAUGUGUCAUAAGUGUUUAUUUCCUCAGUAAAGUAACACAAAAGUGUUGUUUCCAUUUUUCCAAGAGCCAGAGUUUGAUUACCGACAAAUGGAAAGUAUGACUAGGGUUGCCAACUUCUGGAAAGGAAAAUAAGGGACAGAAUAAGGGACAUUCAAAAUAUUUGUACUGUACCAUACAGUGUAUGUCAUUUCAGUAUCUGCACACUGUAAAAACGACAACUCAAAAUUGUUCACCUUACUAAGAUUUUUGCAUUCACUGACAAUAAAAUUGCUAGUUGGAACUUGAACUAUCUGUUGUAAGCCACUUGAACUCACUUUCAGACGUUUCUGAGGAAAAGUUCAUCUUAUUUUAUAAACUGAGUUGAGUUUAUUUUGAAGUUGUAGUUGAAACCCAGUUAGAGUGAGUUCAACUUAUCUGCGCAUGCUCAUUUGAAAUUUGUCAUGGCAACCGGCUGCGACGGGGUUUCCAAGGAUUUUCCCAGGAGCUCCCUGCGAAAGUUUGCAUCCACCACGAUGCCAGCGGUAACUUUCCCUGACGUCUUUGUCGAAGAGAAACAUUCCUUUUAACGGUUUUCUAUGAAGUGUCUCUUCUGCAGCUUUGCCAGCGCCAGUCAAGAGCGUCUGCUUAGGCACCAUCGGCUCAAGCACAGAAGAGGAGCUUACUGGCCGUGUGUUUACAGUGACUGUAUUUAGAGAUCCUGGAUCCAGAGACUUUGAACGACUACCACCCAUUGGCUGCAUAUCAAGUUGCUAGAACUUUGAUGGUGACCCCAAGGGCUUGGCUACUGCAGUAAAUUGAAAUGGCUUUGUUGCUUCUGGUCCACAUAAAUCCCAAACUCGUCCGUAAGAUUCGGCUGACCAAAGUUCCUGAAACUUUAGAGGAACUGUACAAUGAACUGCGUCACAAACUUGAACUUGUGGGUGAAUUCUGUAUACAGUAUGAAGACUCAGACUUUGGCCAGGCAGUUUGCAACCUGAUUGACAUAGCAGAGUUGCCUUCAGAAAAGGCUGUCUUGCAUAUUCUGUGGAGCAAUGAGGACAUGCCAUCACCACCACCUCCAACACCAACUCGGUCAUCCUCCAUCUCUUCCCUUGACACAGCCAUCAUUGGAUCUCCAGACUCAAUCCACAGCUUAUCUUCAGUUGUGCGGACAUAUAGGAGGAACGUUUCACAGUGGCCCACUCCGUUCCCAGUACCACAAUUCUCAUAUGAUGUUGAACUGAUACUCCGCAAGGGGAAUGACACAUUUGAAAUAUCAGGGAAGGGUUUACAUGUAACCAGAGAUGUGAAAAAAGAGAUUCUGGACAAGCUGGCACAAGAAAUAUUUUCUGUGAAAGCCUACCCUGAAAAACAUGAGUUCGAUUCUGUUGCCGCUGAACUUGUCAACAAACAUCCCUGCCUCAAAGAGCCUGGUGGUGGUACUGGAUAUGCGGGAUGGACAACCAGCAUAAAGUACAAGAUGGGGAACUACAGAUCAAAACUACGUCAAGCUGGAUGUAAUGAGGUUGGUGUCAACAGGAGAUCAAGAAGGGAGGAGGCAGAUGAUCAUGGUGUCAACAGGCGAAGAAGAGAUGAUGAUGAUGGGGAUGGUGGUCCGGAGGGAAGGUUUUCCUUGAAAAAACCAAAACGAGGUGAGGUCAACCAUGUACCAGAUCAUCCUGAAAGCCACACUGAGGAUGACUUGGAAGACCUGAGGUCUUCCCUGGUUGAAGCCAUGAAGAAGAAAAACAAGGACAUGGAGUUCAUCAGACAGAAGAUGGACAUCACAUUCUCCCUUAGGAGAAUGGAGAUUGUGGAGAUGGAGCCCAUGGUCUCAGAGGUUCUAGAGAGGUGGCCCGGUCUAUUUCUUGAAGAACAGAUUUGUCAAGAGUUCACUCGUGUGACCACAAAGGACCUGAUGGGAACAUUUAAAGCUGCCCUUGAGAUGUUCACCCCUCGUUUGCUGAAAUUGUAUCGUGCCAGGAAGGGCGCCUUUAGUCGAGAGAUGGAAACCCUUUUGGAAAUGCUUGACAAACAGACAUCUGACAUCACAAGUCAUCGCAGACAGGCAGCUGUGGAAGGUCUUCCCAUAUUUCUGCGGGAGAAUACUGAGAAGCUUUUCUCUAGAUGCCUGGCAACUGAUGCAGAUGACAAACAGAUGAAAGGCAUCAAGAUGGGGGUCCUCACAGUGCUUGAUGAUGAUAACGACGCAGUCAUUAAUAUUGCCCUUGUGUUGGAGGAAACCAUUGUCCUGAAAGACAUCCCAGACACCCCGACUGCCCUUGCGUAUCUUUUUGGCUUGCUUUAUGCCCUCAACAUGGAGUUCCCAAAAGACAUCAGGUAUACCUUUGAAACUAUCCAGCACAUUUUCAUGGAAAUGUCCACCGAUUGCUCACAGCGUGUCCGGAGCUUCAAGACCAAGCUGUUAAACCAGUGAUUCAUUUUCCAUGGGGAAGAUUUAUUUUAUAAUGUCUGUUCAUUUGUGUUUGGAUAUUUUGUAAGUCUACACAUAGACCACCUUAUAGUUUUUAUAUUGUUCCUUUAUUUUGACUAAAAACAAAUCUGUUAUUUUUAGCUGUCAUAUAACUGUCACGAGACUAUUGAUUGUUUCUCAGUAGAAGCAAGCUUUGUUUCAGCAUUGCCGUUAUAGUCUGCAUCUUUGCUGGUGUGGCAAGUGUCCAUGGGGAAGAUUUCUUUUAUCAUGUCUGUUCAUUUAUUAUGUUUGUAUAUUUUGUAAGUCUUAACAUAGACCACCUUAGUUUUUAUGUUGUUCCAUUUGAUUUCCCCAACUUAUCGACGUAUGUGCCUUAUUUGCUCUGUACACAAGUGCUAUAUUUGAAUUUGUUUUUAAAUUUAAAAACAAAUGUUUUAUGUGUAUCUGUCAUAUUGCUGUCAAGAGACUACGGUAUUGAUUGUUCAUUAGAAGCAAGCUGUGUUCCACCAUUACUGUUAUAGCCUGCAUGUUUGCAUUUUUGGCUAAUUUCAAAGUUCAGAAAGUUCAGAUAAUUUGGCUUUUUCAGCUGGGGAUUUAGACAAUUCUGUUCUUAGGCACUAUACAACUGUUUAUCGGUAAUCUUUGUCAAUAUUGCAUUAUUUGUAAGGUCUCAACAAGAGUCAGAAAGUAAAAAAUAAAACUGCCCAUAUUAUAGUACUGAAACCUGAUGUAUCUGAUUUGGGCAUAAGAUUACUUGUUUACAUUGUGGAAUUGUAAAGCUGUUUGUGCCAAAGUCGUUCAAAUAAACAU